UCUCAACGGGAGCGAAGAUGCUAUAUACCCGCUCGAUACGUUCUAGCAGCCUUGUCCUGUUCGGGUUUUUGUGUGGUGUAUCUUCUCCGAGUGAAUUUAAGCGUGGCUCUGGUGGCCAUGGUCAAUUCCACCUACGCGAACGAACAGGCGUCUGCAAAUAACCCGGAAUGUCAAAGAAAUUCUUCCACAGAUUCUGAGGAAAAGGUAAGAAGGAAAAGAGUCUAGUGUACUGUAUUUGCGAGGGAAAAACAAUACAUCAAAGUUUUUGGUAUACAUGUAAAAAAUAUUGAUGUGGUAUGUAACACGUUUUAUUUUGCCGUUUCACGUGCCAACAACAUGCAUGAGUCAAUCACGAGCCACGAAUCAAGCACAAACCAACCUGGAGUCAGGCCCAAAUGAUGCAUUUUAAUUUCCAUUUUUGAAUUUCCCGGCCACAGAGAAUAGCAAUUUUUUGUACAAUUAUGUUACAAUGGGUCCCAAUAUUUGGCAUGAAAAUAGUCAUUAGCAAUUAUUGGAUGAGGCCGAGUAUGAUGUGAAGAAUUAUGCAGACCUGCAUAAUUUGCCAUAUUAUACACAAACCAACUGAUAAUUGUUUUUUUCUUGGAUUAUACUGGUAAACAAAGCCAACUGGAAGUUGGGGAAAUAUAUUGAACAAAUAAUAAUAUUGAGUUAUAAUGAUGAUUAUUUAUUGAAAUUUAGUUAUCAAUAUCAUCAUUAUUUCAUUAUUAUUAUGUUCAGAAGUUUUGUUUAACAGCUCUUCCGGGGACAUUUUCACACUACCUAAUGGAACAUGUACAUCAAACAUGUUUAAUAACAUUCUAACUUUAAUUAGGAAGGUUUUUUUUAAAAACAUUUCAGAUCAAAAGGGACUCUCAACCCUUCUUUUUGUGAAAAAUACUACAUGUAAUCAUUUUUCUUCUGUAGGAUGGAGAGUUUAACUGGGAUCAAAAAACACAAGGUAAUGUGCUCACCAAAUCUCUGUACAUGAAUUCAAUAAAUAUCAAUUGCCUCCCUUUUCCUGCAACAGGAACUGCAAAACGAAAUAGAAGCUCAUGUAUUUUCUCUAAAAUUAAUCCGCUUAAUACAGAUAGCGGGUUAACACGGCCACUGUGGCAUGUCCCAUUGGUGUCUGUACUGUAUUAACGGGGUUCCACUGUAGUGUUACCCACCAGAUAGAAUUUACAGUUACUAUCCAUUCAGACUCAAUAAACAAAUUUCAAUCUGUGUAAGUGAUGACGUUGCACAAUGUACUGACUCACAAGCGAUGUAGUCAUAGCAAAGUGUUGGUGGCAUUUUUAGUUCUUUGUUACCUUUCUACAGCUUGUUGCGUAUGAAAAAAGUUUUUUUUUCCUAUCUCGUAAAAUUGAAGUGUCGUUUUAUUAAUAAGUGAACUGAGUUAUUUUGAGAUUUCAUACUAAAUGUAAAGAGAACCAUGACACUAAGAAUGUCCAAUGUGCAUAAAUAUGUUUUUGGAGUGCAGUGUUGAAAACAAACAAACAAACAAACAAAUAAAUAAAAUAAUAAGCAGGGCUGUACUUUAGCAGAUGUCAUUGGCUCCUGGCAACUGCGCAUUAAAUUUUUAUUCCGGGCAUCCUUUUUUCCUAGGUUUGCAGGGCAAUGAUUUUCAUGUAGUUUUUGCUGGAGCCAGGAGCCCUAUGUCAAAGUACAUUGCAUGGGAUGCAGUAUUGGACUAGAAUGUGGGCGGGUGUCAUUCUUUCCUCAGAGCCAUGUAUGGCAGGCAAAUACAGUGAAACCUCUAUUACGUGGACCCCCAAUUAAGCGGACACCCUUUAUUAGGCAGACACUAAGCUGGGUCCCGAAAUGAACGUCUGAUGUUUCCCUUUGUAACGAACCCCUAUUCAGCAGACACCUCUAUUAAGUGGAUGCAGACACUAAAAUAAGUUGUAUUUGGCUAUAUUUUCUAUUAAAAACGUCUAUCAAGCAGACACCGGACUGAAUUAACAAUAGUAGUUUUGGAUAACGCCCUUGAAAUAUGUAUUGAAGUCAGUUAGUGUUUUUGCACUUACAACCAAAUUAAAGGUGGUAAUGAAAGGUAAUGAACUUGAACUCUGGUUAACUUCUUUAACAACAUGUGCAAUUUUUACAACCCUUAUUUAAUUAAGCGGACACCCUCUAUUAAGCAGACACUUGGGAAGGUCCAGAAGGUGUUCGCUUAAUAGAGGUUUCACUUAGUGAAAUUAUGCAAAUGAGGGUAAAAAGGAGGAGAAAUCGGGGUGGAGAGAGAAUCGAAAAAUGACUUUUUACUUCGCUUGGGCUCCACUCUCAUUUUAUUUCCUUGCAGCUUUGCUGCUCGAUCCUUCAUGUGUUCAUGAUCUACCAUUUACCACUUGGUCCUUUCAUGUGCUCUUGAUCAGCUGUGACUCAAAAGAAAAAUAAGGAAUUGCUUGCAGUCUUUAUUGGACAAACCUUAUAUGGUGAAACCUGCAUUAAGUAGACACCCAUUGCCAUGUGGGAUAUUAGCUUUCUGCUUUCCUAAAGUUAUCUGCUUUGAUAAAUGUGUUUCUUAGUAGCAAUGAGAACAAAGACAUUUAGAAAAUCACUGAGGAGAAAAAAAAAUAUAUAAUUUUAACAAUAAUAAUAUAAUAAUCAGUGGUGGAUCCAACAUUUCAGAAAAGGGGGGAGCCCGGUCAUACACACCCUGAGAAAAGGGGUGGGGGGGGGGGAAGCUGGGUCUCAAAAAAAAAGUUUUUGGCCCUUCAGUCCUCAGUUUGGCCUCAAAAUAAGAAGGGGGCCCAUGCCCCCCGGGCCCCUCUCCUGGAUCCACCACUGAUAACAAUAAUAGCAAUAACAAUACUACUACUACUAAUAAUAAUGAUGAUGAUGAUUUAAAGGAAGCACAAAUAUUUAUUUGAUGCUGGUGUUUACUUGUCAUUAGCGUAUCCACACGGGGUGUGUUAGUAGUCUAUGCCCAAUCUGAAUGGUUUAUCACAAUUGCCGUUUUCAGGUCUAGGAGAGUUUGAAUUUUAUCCAUGUUAUUUCAUUUUGCUGAAGAUUGCAGUCAGUUCCAUGGACGGCAAAGAUCCCCUUUGUGGAUGUGCUACAUCACACUAUUAGUUGUUGUUUUUGUUGCCAACUCUACAUGCAGUUCCUUUUGUGCCAUAUUGUACCCCUAUCCCUCUUCUUUCCUGACAUAAGCUACACUUGGCUACCCAUUUAGGUUGUUUAGAUACUCUAGUCUGCACCCAAUCUGAAUGGUUUAUCACAAUUGCUGUUUUCAGAUCUAAGGGAGUUUGAAUUCUAUCAUUUUAUUUUAUUUUGUUCUUGCAAUAUUGGAUGGAGGGUAUUAAGAAUCCCUUAGUUUGUGGAUGUGCUACAUUGUACUAUUAGAUUCUUAUUUAUUGAUCAGAAUACUUGGUUUUUGGCUCUUUAUAGGUCUAAUACUGGGUUCAUUUUUCUUUGGCUAUGUCAUCACUCAGUUACCAGGUGGCUGGCUAGGAACACGGUUUGGUGGGAAAUAUUUGUUAGGCCUGGGAGUGCUUUGCACUUCUGUGUUGACAAUUUUCACUCCUCUUGCUGCACGUCAUAGUGUUGGGAUGUUAAUUCUGGUGAGAAUACUGGAAGGAUUAGGAGAGGUAAACUAUUUAGUUGCAAACAUUUUGUAGCGGAUUGGUUUUAGUACUAAAAUUGAUUCGUGGCAUUCAUAAAAAAAGGGGAAGGGGAAGGGGAAUAAGAGCACUAGCGAGNGAGUGCUUUGCACUUCUGUGUUGACAAUUUUCACUCCUCUUGCUGCACGUCAUAGUGUUGGGAUGUUAAUUCUGGUGAGAAUACUGGAAGGAUUAGGAGAGGUAAACUAUUUAGUUGCAAACAUUUUGUAGCGGAUUGGUUUUAGUACUAAAAUUGAUUCGUGGCAUUCAUAAAAAAAGGGGAAGGGGAAGGGGAAUAAGAGCACUAGCGAGAGCGCGAGGGACACGCGAGAAGUUCCCCUUUUUCCCCACUUCUCACAGUCCCCGGCGUUCUGGCGCAACCAAAUUCCUACUUCCCUUCCCCCUUUUAACGCCUGCCACACAGGCUCCAUAAAUCCUGUAAAACCCAACAAAGGCAAAGAAAAGGUCAAACGAAAAGUAAAACGUCAUUCUAACUGAAGGCAAUCCUAAAUAAGCCCAGUUAUUAUUUCAAAUAAAGCAGGUGCAUGUGUACAUGGGUUUAUGACACAAGUAUUUUUCUUACUUUAUAAAUUUAAACUAAAAGAGCUGCGCUGUUUUCAUGUUCAAUAUUUUCAACUGCCAGCACUUAAAAGUAGCCUUCUCCCCACGAUGAAGACCAUAUUAAGAGUGGGAAAUAGAUUUUUCUUGAAGAGGUUCUAUUAAAAAGGCUUUUCGAUAACAAUCUGCCCAGCCAUUCACAAUCCCCUCUUGGGAAUUCUUAACGUAAAAUACGUAACCGAAUCUCAAAUUACAUUGCUAAUGAAGUUCAAGUGAUUCGAACGAAAUUUUUUUUUUUUAUAUUAAUUAAUUAAUUAAUUUCCUUUUUUAAUUUUGUGCAGACUUUUGGAAAAAGUUGUUGUUUUAUCGGGGAAAAGCCGUGAAGAACACACGGCAGAUUCCACGAAUCAUGUGUACAGCUAACGGUAAACGUCAGAUUCAGGUUGACAAUUCGAGUAUCAAAUUAGAAAUGUCAGCAAAGAAAAACUGUUGAAAAUAAGUCAUGUGGAUGAACCUAAAAUGAAACCUAUUGCUGUUGCUUAGAAGAGAUUGAAUUUGGUCAAGUGCAUGGUGCAAAUUGAAGUCUGCCGUUUGCCGUAAACGUGAUUCUGAAUUUCUGUAACGUAUCGUUGUAAGCUAAUUUCUUCUUUAAUAGGGAUUUGCUUUCUUACAUGUACCUUUAACCCCUCCAGCCUUGUUUAUACUUUAAUCAGUAGUGUUUACAUCAGUACAAUUUGAACUAUACAAAUACACACUCAAUAAAACAUCGCGCAGAAUGGCUAUUGUUCUCGGGUCGUUGUACUUGUUGUUGAUUGUAGUUGCUGUUGUUCGUCCUUCGAAAGUCGAAGAUAACCAUGACUUCAGACUUCAGACUAGCGGCAGUGGGUCUGGAGAUGACCAGUGAGUCCAAUCCGAGCCCAGAAGGCUCGCGCACUCAUGUGACUUGAGUAUGUGGGUACUGCGUCUGUGGAGGUGGAGGUUGCUCUGGCUUUGCGCGCGGCCAUUUCCUCUGUGCUUUGGCGGUCCGUCGGUUUUCUGUCGCAGGGGCCACAGUGGUGACUUUGCUACGCCAAGUUAGACUAUCCGAGGCAAGCGACUCUCAAGUACUGGGGUUGAUGUUUACGUCUUUGUGGGACUCUUUGAAGCAGUCUUUGAAACGUUUCUUCUGCCAGGACGGUCGUUAUGAACUUGCUGGGACAGCCAAACUUCCCCUUUAUCUUCCAGGUCAACAAAGGUCACAAGAGGUCGCUAUUCCGCUCUUGGAAUUUUUCACUAACAGACGAGGUGGAAACAUAGGUCUGUAAUAUUAUAGGUGAAACGUAAACUGAAUCACUUUCAUUGGUCGAAGUCGGUGCGUUAUUUCCUUUGUAGAUAAUACCACCUUAUUUAUCAAAUUGUUAGGGCAGAGCAAAGAAACAAAGGCCAUGCGAGCUAUUGUUUAUUCUUUUGUUCCCGAAUAUGUCACUUUAAGUGGCUCAUGAAGCGCAUGCUUACAAGCGGCCAUGACUAACUAAUGAUGUCCACUCAAUCUGCGCGAUGAUGUCCCGAAAGGCCAAUUGUAAAAAAUUCGUCUAAUGUCAUGUCCCGUGCAGGGUGUAACGUUCCCAGCUAUGCAUGCCAUGUGGAGCUUUUGGGCCCCUCCCUUGGAAAGGAGCAAACUUGUCACUUUUUCUUAUGCAGGUAAGUACAUUUUAAUUCAGUUGUUAACCACCACCCGUUCAACUCGGUUGGAAAAAUGCCGGUUCCAUGUGGUGAGCUAGAGUUCGUGAGUUCGUGAAUUCAAAUCCGAGAAUCAGAGCUCUCGUAAUAAUACAGUCGCCCAUUCAGCAUUUAUUUGGAUUCGCACACAACCCUCCUUAUUCACUGCGGUCAAACCAGUAAAAUCUCCCAAGCAACGUUCGCCAGAAAUUAGGGGCUGCUCAUACGUUUUACGGUCAAAAUUAGUAAGGUUAAGCAAAGACGUUUUUGAGCGACGCACACUUCUACCAGAAGUGGAUCCAUUCUUAGGCAGUUUUUUGCCCAAAUUUUCGGUCGAAUCACCUUGAUACUAUAGACCCUUAGCAAUACAAAUUUGGAAGCGUUAUGGCUAAUUAAAAUAGAAAGGGGCUUACUUUGAGUUGACGUUCGUCGCUCAAAACGCCUUUACUUAAGUUCCCUAAUAAAAGAUAAAUGCACCUCCAGGUUAGAUGUCGCAAGUUCAGUGCAAGAAUAGCUGUUUAUUUUACUGCCUUUCGUAUCACAAAGGGAAAGACCUUGGCACUAUUCUUGGCAUGCCAUUGGCAGGAGUUCUCUGUGCAUCUGACAUCUGGGGAGGAUGGCCAUCUGUAUUUUAUGCCUUUGGUAAGUAUUUCCCCUGCAAUACAGUGAAUAAGAAGCGCUCCCUUCUGGGUAUACCUAUUGUCAAUGAUGAUAUUUCUAUUAUUUUAGACACCUUUAGUGGAGACUUGGAUAUAACUGAUAUAUAGUUAGUGCCUCGCGGCUGAACCGAAUUCCGCUACAAUGAGCUGAGAAGGGCAACCAAAUAGAAUGUUAUAUAAAAACAACUCCUGGACGUUACCAAAUUGUUUGAAAUUGGCAAUUUUCCAUAUAAAAUUGUAAAAUUUACCAAACUCAGCAUGAGGCAGGUUUGUAACCGAAGAAAAAAACAAUUCUCGUGUUGACGUUAAGUAAAACAGUCAAGGGACAUUCAAAUGUCAAACAUGUAGCAAGUAAACUAUGGAACUCAAGGCACGAAUGGUCAAAACUGAAGAAGAUGAAACCGAUUCCAGUGAGUGGGGCUUUUGAAACCACCGUUUAAUCUGACCGCCAAAGUCAAAGUUUAUAUCUGUUAUCUGUAGUGUAAGCUUAAAUAAUCAAUUGUAACCUCAGGAAGACAUAUAUCUGUUUGUUUUGGAGCUGUGAGUUUGUCAUUUACAAGAAAUUUCGAGGCAACGUGAAAGUUUUAUAACGAGUAAAUGCCAUCUACGCCCUGACACCACCCUCAGCUUUUUGGAAGAUACUUUUGAUGAAAGUGUACAUUCAGCAUGGGGACUCCCUCCAUUAUGACGAUACUUUUAAAGGAUACCUCAAGAGUAAUGUUAAAUUACUAUGAAACUCCCUUGUAGACCAUAGGUAAAUGAAUUUCUUCAUGACCAUGUGCUUAAUCCUUUUACUCCUAAUGGUGAUAAAAACUUCACAACAAAAAUUCCAAUAUCCUUUUGUAGACCACUAGAAAAUAAGUAGUUCUUCACAACGGUUCUGUCAGAGGGGUUUCAUUUGAAUAGUAACGCUAUAGCAUUUGAAAUGAAGAGGUCUUCUUCGCGGUAUUUGUGAUGGGCUCGUUUAUCGUUUGUCUCCCGAUAUAUGGUACUUUGUCAUGAAUCCCGUCGUCUUGCGCGUAGCCUGGGACCAGGCUUCACAGUGGGGAAAAAGGCAAAAAAGGGGGUGAAAUAGGAAAAAUGUCGGCGAGCGGAAAAAAAAAUUUUCGCUCGCCGAUUUUUUUCUCCUUUUUCUCCCAAUGCGGAGCCUGGUCCCAGGCUAUCUUGCGCGUAGCCGUGAUCAAAUACGUUUGUGCUUCUUUACAUAUUGACAGAUUGGUGUUGAAAUAGUACUAUAAAUUAAAUGUUUGAUUUAGGUGGUGUUGGCAUUUUAUGGUUUUUCAUCUGGAUGAUGUUUACGUACAACAGACCAGCUAAUCAUCCAAGAAUAUCCAUCAAAGAGAGAGAAUAUAUUCAUGCUACUAUAGGAGCAGGACAGGACAAAGGAAGAAGAGUACGGGAAUUAUGCUAUCUUUAUUUGAGUAGCCCCUUUUUGUCGCGAAACAUAACUAUAACAGAAUUCAACACUAAUAGAACAGUGUAAUAGGACAGUGCUCGCCAUUGGGUGUGCGCACUUGAAUGGCUUUUUGACUACGCACGUAAGUCAUGCCCAGAAGAGCUCUGGGCUCGAGAUUGACUGCUAGCAAAAAAGCUGUCUAUCAGAAAUUCUUGUGUUUUGAUUAAAAAAAAAAAAAAGCUUCAAAUAUCGCAAAUUUACUACAGUUAUGAUUAAUUCAUUUGGUCAAACAGAACGUUGUGUCGUCCAAUUCGGUCUGUUAUUAUACAUUGCACUCAUUAGCUGGCUAGAUGCCAACAACUAAUUUUAAAAAUCAGCGUAGCCUACAGAUAAGUAACUUAUCUGUUAGCAGAUAACUGACUAAUCUGUAGGGUAUUUAAGUGAUAGACAACAAUUUCUAUGGGUUUACCGGCGUGAUAACGCACGCGGGAUGUUGGGAGAACACGAGAAAAACUACCGGGAAGAAACUUUUCAAAAGCUGGGUACACCUCGCGUGGUUGUCCUCUUCUUUCCAAAAUUUUGGAAAUUUCUGGUCUAUUUGAUACUGGAAGUUGCCGGAAAUUUAAACAGAAGAUUUUGGUUGAAUGGAAUUUGCGAGGUUGGGGGGUAGGGUGGAGGAGUGGGAGGGGUUUUUCCAUGUUUUGAAAUAUGUGACCCCUCUAACUACAUUGUUAAUUUUUUCAGAAAUAUGACACCCCAUGGUUUGCAAUCUUCACUUCGCCAGCCGUGUGGGGGAUAAUUGUCGCACAUUUCUGCGACAACUGGGGUUUUUACACCUUUCUUACUUGUUUGCCGUCUUAUUUCAAAGAAGUUCUCAACUUUUCAAUUUCUCAGGUGAGAAAGACGCAUUGUUAAGGCUGGUUUUCACUAGCGACGGAGUCUGAGUCGGAGUCGUAAUCAGAAGCGUAGAGGUUAUGAUCUAGUGAAAACAGCGUUCCGAUUCCGCUUACGACUCCGUCGCUUACGUUCCGCUUAUGAUCUAGUGAAAACCAGAUUGUCGGAGUCGGAAGCAGAAGCAGAAGAACCAAACCAAUCACAAAGCGUGGGAACGUGCAUUCUGAUUGGCUUAUCCUUCCGCUUCUGCUUCCGACUCCGACAAUCUGGUUUUCACCAGAUCAUAAGCGGAACGUAAGCGACGGAGUCGUAAGCGGAGUCGGAAGAAAAUGGAAACGUUCUGAUUCUUCUGACUCCGAUUCCGUCGCGCUUAUGACUCCGCUUACGACUCCGAUUUUUGAUUUUCACUAGGUCAUAAGCGCUCUUACGACCCCGCUUACGACUCCGACUCUGACUCCGUCACUAGUGAAAACCAGCCUUUAUAGAUCGCUUGUGGAAUAGGUACAAAGACGGGCGAUCCCGCUCCUAUUUAAAAGAUUGUUUUUGAUUAGCUGGGAAAACAAUAGGGAUUGUCACAUAACAAUGCCCCUAUCCCUGAAAACAAUGGAAGUGCAGAUUAAAGGUGACCAGUGAAAUAGAAGGUUUAGAACGGUGCAGGUCUGCUGACAAAGACUGGCGCCGAACCUAUCCGAUAUUAAGUGACGUUCCACUUUCGAGAUGGGUGCGACUUGGGGCCUGUUUACAUGGAGGCGGGGGACCCCAGGUAGGUGAGGUAACGCGCUUGUGUGGGGUAACCCGCCCGUCUAUAUAAUCUUUUAUUUUAAUUUGAUCACGUUUACAUGAUAGGUGAGGUGACCAUAUGAGAGAUUGUAUGGACAGGAGAGUACGUUACCCCACCUAAGCGGGUUACCUCACCUACCUUGGGUCCCCCACCUCCAUGUAAACAGGCCCUUAAUCAAACGGUUUCUUAAAAGUAUGUUGAUCAGUUAAAACUCGUAUUAUUUCAGAAGGGUCUUUUGUCUGCUGUUCCGUUUGUUUGUAUGUGCGUAACUGGUAUCGGUUCUGGUCAGCUUGCGGACUGGAUGCGUGAAAACAAUGUAUUAUCUACUGGGGAGGUCAGGAAAGUCCUUGCUACAGGAGGUGAGUGUCUUUAAGAUCCACAUACAAAUUCUCCAGACUGAUCUCCAUACAUUUCUUUUAAGAAUAGUAGAGAGAAUUUGGUUUAAGAUACCAGUGCCUUUGAUAAUGAAUUUAGUAAUUCUCGUAACCUUUACUCUUGAUGGUCUGCUGAUGUUGUUAGGAGAAAACAGAUGUUGGUCACUCUUGGGACCAAAAGGGUUAAAAUGAGAGCAAUAAUACAAAAGGUUCGUGAGGGAACAAUUGACAAGUCUCUUUAAAGUCGCUAGGUUAUAUCAUUUUAACUUGAUGAACAAACAAUGGUUAUUCCAAAUUAGGGAACUUGUCAGCCAUUCACACUUUUUACAUUGCCCAUAUUACAUCUUGCUUCAGUUUACCUCUGACCUACUUCCACGUAAGAAUAGUUUUGAAUUUUCCCUGGAUAUUGCAGUCGCCCCAAGAGAAAUGGAAGACAAUGCUUUAAAAUUGUGGGGUUAAACAUGGUUUAGUAAGAUUAGUAUAAAAAUGGGGCAAUUACAUUUAGUCUCCUUUCUUCCUCUUUUAUGGUCAUUACACCACGUUCCUGUCCACAAGCAAUAGUCAGUCAAAGGACUGACGACAGAUUGGGUUUCGUUUGUUGGUAAGUAGGUAAAUGUUUCUACAGCGGCCACUUUUUUGGCGGACAGUCCAUACAUUGACUCUUGUUUAAACCGCUCUAGAACAGCCACCUUUUUACAUCGGCUACUUUCUUCUGUUCUCAAGGUGGACGUUGUCGAGAGCUUCAACUGUAUCUGCAUGUAGACGUUCUGAGAAUUCUUUCCAGUUUCACUUAGUGAUCUGUCUCUGUAUCUCAGGUUACCUUAUACCUGCCUGCCUGAUGGUAGCUACAAGUUAUGUUGGCUGCAACUCCACCAGCCUGGCUGUUGUUUUAUUUUCACUGGCCCUAGGGGCCUCUAAUCUUAAUGCGGCUACCUACCGUGUCAAUCAUUUGGACAUCGCUCCUAGAUUCUCGGGAGUUCUAAUGGGAAUCACAAACUCAGCGGGAACAAUUCCAGGGAUCAUUGGACCUUUUGUAGUAGGACUGUUAACAGACAAUCAGGUAUGUUUUUGGAGAAAUGAUUACAUUUUGUUCAGACAGGCUGGUUCCAAGUAAUGGAUCUAAUCUGAUAUUGGAUCGAUUAGAGCAGUUUUCCAAUAAGUGGGGUCUUAAUUACUGGUAAAAGCAGGCGACGAUUGGACGUUCGGGCUUUCAACACGGCACAACUAAUUCAGAGUACGGGUGAAUAUGCAGUCUCUUUAUUUUAUGAAGUUCGCAAACACAGUCGUCAUUGUAGCGUUCUAAAGGCUCAGGUUUUUGUCCGUUGUAUUUAGAGAAAAUACUUCAGUCUCAUUAAGUAAAGAAUUAAGAACUCAACAAGUUUGUCAACUCGGUCUAUCAACCCCUUCCCCCUCCAGUGUUAGAAAUAUAGCUUGGGAAAUUCCUGAAAUUUCCUUCGCUUUUCCUUGACAUCAAACCUUCAAUACCAGUAACGGCCUUUAUAGAAGUGUGCACUACAAUCCUAUUAAUUUUCACGGUUGCCUCUUCCAUUCAUCCGUCACACAUCAAAAACGCCAUCCUACGGCAUUUUUUCGACUUCGACAACUAUAUAGUUAGUUUGUAGUGACGACUCCAUUAUCCUUCGACCUAUCAGAAGAGAAAAAAGACCCACUUUUUUCCAGUUUCAAUGUAUUUAGCACGAAAGUAAUAAUUGGGACAGCAUUUUUAAGCCUCCUACUGGAGACGGGGCCGCCAUUUUACGUGGUCAUCAUAGCCACUCGAAAGUCCGUCUAGCCGUUUGCAGCGCAGUCGUGCAAUACCUUCAUUUCUCAGUUAUUUUUAAGACCAUGAGUAUUUCUCGGGCCCCGAGAAUUGAACCCGCGACAUUCCGCUCUGUAGUCAGGCGCUCUACCGACUGAGCUUAUCCUUCCCUUUUUUGUUUGUCUGUGUCUCAUGUCUGUCUUUCAGUUGGCCGUGUUGCCGGAAAGGAAUAUAACGCGAAGACGGUUUCUCCGUUCGAUGUCAAAACGCGAUCGCUUCAGGCGCGUUAGAAGCUUGCAUCGACAUUAACCUCUUGAGUUAUAUAUUAAAAAUUGUCAGUAGCCCGAAAAUUACCCGCGUGAUGGUUAAUAUACUGGAUGCUUAAAACACAAGAGUCAAAAUGGAGGGGAGACAAAAUGCUGUUACCACUUUUGAGUCUAUUGCUGAAAUCGAUCCUAUAGUGAGUAGUACCAAUUGAAUAAAACCUCUUAAGCAGUACUUUAGCAUGGUACAAUUCGUCAACUUCUGCAUUUUGUCAUUUUCUCUAUUUUCACUUUCAAGCCCUCGAAAAGCCUCGCCAAGAAUCAGGUCUGUGCGAUAUUUCAUAUGCGAGAUAUUCGGAAUAACGUUUUAUCCAAAUUUAUGGGGCUUUGUAUGAAGACGCCAUGUUGGUGUCUCUUUGAGGGGCACAAUUUUAACCCACCCAAAAGCCACCUAAUGCCGCGUGACGCAAAAGCCCGGAAAUUCAUGCGUCUUCUAUCAUAAAACGAAAACGAAGAACUCUUUCGAACCGAGAAUAUGUGUAAAUAGAGGUUUUUAAGUGCUGUAAUACUUCAGGAAAGCAGAAACUCACGGAAGAGUCGAUAGUUUCUUAGUUUGCAUUUUGGUGACGUCAUUGGUCACGUGUUGGGAUUGAAAAGGUAAACUCAAAUGCAGACGUUGAGACCCAUAAGCGAAAACUUGCCGCGCCUUGUCCAUUGAAGAGAGCGGCUUACGUAACGACAUAAUGAUUCAACUACCAGUUGACCUACAGCGCGUACAUGUAUCAAACACUGCUCGGUUUAAUUAAUUGUAGUCGAUAGCUAACUGUCUCCUUUCCACAGCCGACAAGACUUCAGUGGCAGAAAGUGUUUUACAUAUCUGCUGGGAUGUACGUAAUCGGCUGGGUAACGUUUGUGCUUUUUGCUAGUGGUAAAGUCCAAGAGUGGAAUACACCUUUUGAAGACAAGUUGGUGCCAAUUGAUAUUCCCCGAGCUCCAAGGAUACCUGUUAUGGCGGACACUGUGGCAAUAAAAAACUUGAACGAUUCGGUUACAGAAACUUCACAAUCUGCCGCCGAAUGCUAG